AAUUCACGACGAGGGAAAAUGGCGGGAAAGGAGGACAGUAGCAAAAAUACGGCACCGAGUUCGAAAUCGGAGAAAAUGGAGGACGAGAAAUCGGAGGUAUCAUGGAGGAAAGAAGUUGACGCGAAUCUCAAGAGGCUCCAUUCUAUGCUAUUUGGAGCAGAAGUAGCUCUCAAAAGGAAGGAUUUCAGUUCCGCAACAGUACUUGGACUAGGACUCAUCGGCUUCCUCGAUUCCCAUUCUCAUUCAGACGUCGACGAUGCCUUCAUCCGUCCUAUUCGUCGUGAAGCCCUGUCAAUUUUCGAUUCUGCUCGGCGCUCCCUCAUUACUGAAUCCGAUCGCCACGCCUUUGAACAAGCAGGGAGAGAUCCAGGCUGCAUAUUUACCCAAGGAAAAAAUAUUAACAUCGAGAAGAUUAAGCAGUCUAAGUACUUUCUUUCUCUUUGUCAGCAACAUGAAGGCACAGCUAUAGAUGAAGAGGGAAAUCAAUUAAACAGACAUGCCAAUGUGGGUAGACGGACCUUGAUAACACCUGCACACACUAGUCCAAGAGAUUUCUCCUUGAUGAAAAAUAGAAGCUUUGCAAAUGAUAGUAGCCCAGAGGUUCUCCCGUUUGAUAGAUUUCACUCAAAGCAUAGCUACCCAAAGCAUCAGGCUGUGGACAUUAAAGAUGAAGAGGAAGAAAGAACCUCUGUCAAUGGUUCCAAAACAAGACGGUUGCACAGGGAAAGCAGUGGCUCUAGAGAUGAAAACAUUUCAUCCCCCUUGUGCACUGAAGAAGCUGAUGCUUCUCCAAAUGGAUUUGUCACUGCUAGAACAAAACUGGAAAUGGACACAAGACAGAGGCGAGGGUUGAGUAGAUCACCAAGUGCUUCAAUCUCCCCACAAAACGAUAACACCUUGAUGAACAAAGGUUGUGGAGUCAGGUAUAAUUUUCCACGCCGUGGCAUACGGGGCAAUUUCAUUCCUCCUAUCAGAGGUAGUGGCAAUAAUGUAGGCAAUGUUACUUCACGCAAUGCUGGGAAAGGAGAAGAUACAUUAGAUGAUUCAACAAGGAGAUGUUUGGAAAUGUUAGUUGGUCCUGAUGGUGAGCUUCCUGAGAAAUUGAGGAAUAUAGAGCCUCGACUUAUUGAACAUAUCAGCAAUGAGAUUAUGCACCGGGAUCCCAAUGUGAGAUGGAAUGACAUUGCUGGCCUGGAACAUGCUAAAAAAUGUGUGACCGAGAUGGUCAUCUGGCCAUUAUUACGUCCAGACAUAUUCAAAGGCUGCCGAUCUCCAGGACGAGGUCUUCUUCUGUUUGGUCCACCAGGAACUGGCAAAACAAUGAUAGGGAAAGCUAUUGCUGGCGAGGCAAAAGCAACCUUCUUUUACAUAUCUGCCAGCUCUUUGACAAGCAAGUGGAUUGGAGAGGGGGAGAAGUUGGUGAGGGCACUUUUUGGAGUUGCCAGUUGUCGUCAGCCAGCUGUUAUAUUUGUUGAUGAAAUAGAUUCUCUGUUGUCUCAGCGCAAGUCAGAAGGUGAACACGAAUCUAGUAGGCGCCUGAAGACACAAUUUCUGAUCGAGAUGGAAGGCUUUGACAAUGUGAGCGAACAGAUUCUUCUUAUAGGUGCAACAAACAGGCCCCAAGAACUUGAUGAGGCUGCAAGGAGACGGCUUACUAAAAGACUUUAUGUUCCACUUCCUUCCUCAGAAGCAAGAGCUUGGAUUGCCAAGAGUCUAUUGGAGAAGGAUGGGUUGUUUAAGCUUUCAGAUGACGAUAUUGUUUCCAUUUGCAAAUUUACGGAAGGGUAUUCUGGGUCUGACAUGAAGAACUUAGUGAAGGAUGCUUCCAUGGGUCCAUUGAGGGAAGCUCUCAGGCACGGCAUUGAAAUUACAAAGCUAAAGAAGGAGGAUAUGAGGCCAGUAACUCUUCAGGACUUUGAGUGUGCGUUACAAGAGGUAAGGCCUUCUGUGUCUUUGAAUGAACUUGGUGCAUACGAGAACUGGAACAAACAGUUUGGAAGCCUAGCACUUUAAGAACCAGAGCUACACGAGGGCUAUAUAAAUUCGUCUGCCACCUAAAUGACCCAUCCAGAUCAAGAAGAAUUUUCCAAUAUGCCAGACAAUUUAGGUAUUUUGCAGCAUUAGUCGAUGUCAAUUGUUCAGUUUUUUGUUUACUUCUUCCGAUAGCUAAAUCAUUGUCAUAAUAGUUGUUAGCCUACUGGGACUUGUUCCUCUUGUUAAAGAGAAAAAAAUUUAAUGUUUUUUUACUUCAGGUAGAAAAUUGACGAGGGAAUCCUUUGGAAAGAACAAAAAAUUGUUUGCACGAGCAAUACAUAUUUCUCUUCAAUCGUUGCAAACUUAAAUCACUUCAACUGAAAAUUGAGUUUUUUGUGCAUCAUCCUUUGUGUUUUGUCGAGGAGCUGGAGAAGGAAAUACAAGCCAUAGAUGAAAGUGAUGUCAGUAAAAGUUAAUAGGGCAUCAUGGCCCACGCUAUAUAGGAAACUGAUACAACAACAACAACCCAGUGAAAUCUCAUAACAUGGGAUCUGGGGAGGGUAAAGUGUACACAGACCUUACUCUUACCAAGGUAGAAUGACUGUUUUCGAGAGCCGGCUAUAUUGGAAACUGAUAUUUGUAAAAUUUAGUACAUAUAAAUAAAUAUCUAAUUAUGCGCCUAGCUGCCCGCCAGGAAUCUGCUUCGAGAUUGGUAAGGUCAGCACCCCUGCAGGCCGCAGAUCUGGAUUAAACAAGUUCAAUGUGUUUAAAUAAGUCAAUAAAGAAUUGCGUCUACUUUGCACUUCUUGCACCAACAAUAAUAUAAUUUUUUAUGGUAUCUGGCUUGAUUACAAUUUAAUAACCAGUUGUUGCCAAUGUAAAUCUUGAAAAUAGUUUUAUAGCGUGAAGAUAACGCAUGCGUCUUCCAACUUGAUAAGAACACAGUUAUUAAAAAAGAAAAAGCAUUGCAGUUGAUGCAAGCUGUAAAUAUAAGAGCAUAUUCUAAAGCAUAGAAACAAAUUUAUUUAACAACUUAGGUAGAAUGGAAAUCAGAUUGAUUUUUAACUCUCACCUAGUAGGUACUUAAACCUUCGAGACUUGUAUCUAUAUUUUAUUUGAUAUUUUUCCUUUCCUUGAUUCCUUCCAAUUGGUACCAAAGUUAGAGUUCUGUACCUUCUUAUUGGUAUUGUAGUCUUAGCAUGCGGCUAUACCUUUCAGUUUUAUGUAAGUAUACCUUUUUAUACACAUUAGUUAUUUGAUUACUCGGGAUAACACAUGUUUCAAGAAGGGACUGAAGAGUAGAAAAAACGAACAGAAAAUAUGCCACAAAGCACUUUUAUCUUCUAAAACAAAUUUCUCUAGGUACAUCCUAAAGACAAUGAAGGAUUUCAACUUCUUUGUUUCUUUUCUUGUCUAGUUAAUUUUUUUCUCACAAACUUCUUGGUUCCAGCCAUAGUGUAAAGAAAAGAUUACAUAGAAAAUAAAAUAAAAAUUAAGGAUGAGAAUUUUUUUUUGGCUAUUAGAACCUUUAGACAAAGUUGAGAUAAUCCUUCAGAGCCAUCCUUGAGGAUGUGUGCCAGUGGCUGCCCUAUUCAAAGUAAUUGAUCUCUUCAUAGUAAUUAGGAGGUAAAACGAAUACAUAUUUCACUCCCUGAGUUGGAUACCUUCUUCAAUUUAUUUUUUUUGAUUUAAUCCGCAGGAAUUAAAGCCAAGGUAGGUAGAAAAUGAAAGCUCUGUUACAAAAAUCAAUUCUUUAGAGACCUCGGCAAUAAUGCAGGUGGUUGUUGGAAGGAAAACUCGUUGGAGCAUGUGAAGACCAUGCAAAGAGACUUAGGGAUCAUCUAAAUGUAUUUAGUUUUAUGGACAAAAAUCUUAAAACCACCAGCCAUAUGAGCUGUUAGGAUUGGCAAAAAUACAGGAGGAUCCGA